AUGAAAAAGGGAGACGAGAACGCGCUGCCUGGGUCAUUGAUUACAUCAUUCAGGUAUAAAAAAAGGCCUGAUGGAAGUGUUGACAAAAGUAAAGUCAUCUGCAAUGUCUGCACAAAGGAAUUUGCUUACCACCGGAGUGCGUCAACUCUUAAGUACCACAUCAGUGCAAAGCAUCCAGGAGUUAACCCGCAGGUAGGACCAAGACCUAGCACGUCCUCUGAUACAAGCUUUAGCUGUCAGCCUCAUCGUCAAACAACACUGGAGCAAACACUGAAACGGAAACUGAGCAAAUCUGCAUGUGACCAACUUAGUAAUUCCCUUGCUAAAUGGAUCGCAGUGUCCUGCAGACCAGUUUCAGUGAUAGAAGACAGGGGGUUAGCAGAGGUUUUGCAAAUAGCCUCUUCAGACGUGACAUAUAACCUGCCAUCACGAACCACGAUUAUGUCAAAAAUCCAGCUGCUUUACGACACUGAAAAAAAAACAAAAGGAGAUGUACUGGUGGGAGCAGAACAUAUCGCGCUGACAGGGGAUCACUGGACUUCAGUUAGCAAUCACAAUUACCUCGGUGUUACGGCACACAUCAUUGACUGUGAAUGGAAACUCCAGUCGUUUGCGUUAGCGAUGCUAAAAACGGAGAGCAGGCAUUACGCCGAUGCCUGCGCCCAGCAGUUUUUGUCCGUGGCGGAGGCAUGGGGAGUUCAAUCAAAAAUCACCACAGUCGGCACAGACAGCGCCCGAAACAUGAUCGCUGCGGCGAGAAAGCUUCCAUAUGAGCACAUGCCUUGUAAGCACAAGCUGACUAUGCUGACUACAUCUGAGUGGGACAAACUUCAGAGGCUGAAAACCAUCCUUGAACCAUGCAGAUAUGUGACUGAGCUCCUUGGAGGUGAAACUUAUGUUUCCUGCUCUGUGGUGUUGCCUGCUCUUUGCCACCUGUACCGUACAAUGGAAGUUUCGGACGAGGACCCAGCCUAUAUUGGAACAUUUAAGACUGCCUUUAAAAAGGACCUGUCUGAACGGCAAGCAAACCUCAAUAAUGGAUGGCUCAACAUAGCUUCAGCAUUAGACCCACGCUUCAAAGACUUGAGGUGUCUUAAAAAAGGAGAUAGAGAAGCAGUGUGGACCAGCCUUCAGGCUCUGCUGGAUAAUAAACCCAGUACAGCUGCCCCAGAAUCUGUAGAAGAGCCACUGAAAAAGAGAAGCCUCCUUCUCUUUGCUUCAGAUACAGAUUCAGAUGAUGACAUGGUGGAACCAAGCAGGGCUCUGAACCACUACAAAGCAGAGCCAACCAUUGGCAUGGAGGAAUGCCCGCUGCAGUGGUGGAAAACUCAUGCAGGAGCCCAUCAACAGCUUUCUGUCCUGGCUCGCAAAUAUCUGGCUGCCCCUGCAAGUUCUGUUCCUUGCGAGAGACUUUUUUCACUUGCAGGUAACAUAGUCCAAAAAAGGAGGGCAGCCUUGAGCUCUGAAAAUGUAGAGAGGCUAGUUUGUGUCAGUGACUGGCUGAAGGAGAAGUAG